UCUCGGUGCUCCUCCCAAAGCCUCAACUACCAGCCAACCGAGCCAGUGCAAUAUCGUCACCAUCCCAGGUCAAGCCAGGUGAUCAACAACCGCAGUGCACCACAGAUCAACCAACCCCUGUCUCAGCGCUGCAGCAUCAGAGUCCCUGUCUCUGUCCCCUGCUUGCACGCACCAUGCCGGCGCCCUGCUGGUUCCAGAAGCUCAGGAGGAGGAGGAAGAAUAAGGGCAAGCAAAGCCCAUGCGGAAACCAAGGCUCCGCCGCCGCCGACACCGCGGAGGCGACUCCCUCGGCGGCGUGCGCGGACAAAUGUCCGAGCAGCCAAUGCGAGCCUCUCGUUGCGGCGUUACAGCUGCCACCGGAGUGGGCUUUGUCCCCGAACAGGGCCUCCUACUACUUCCCCAGCGCGGACCGCGAGCGCCACGACACAGGGCUCCGGUGCGUCGCCCGGCGCGACGACGCCGACGCCUACGCAACGGCCCUGGACGUCCGCGUCGACGUGGUGCACCGCCGCGCGGGGGACCGGCGGCUCGGCGGCCUCGACGCGCCGCCGGGGACGCCGGAGCUCAAGCUGCGGCCCAUCGUCACGAGGCCCGUCGUCAAGAACGACGCCUCGGACGACGCUGCUGGCGGCGUUAGCAGCGUCACCACGUCGGCCGCCACGACGCCGUCGACCAGGGCGCGGGGGUUCCACGUGAAGCCGGCCGGCGGUAGGAGGCGGCGGCGGCGGCGGCGCGACCAUGACAACGAUGCGCGGAAGGAGAAGGCGGCAGCGGCAGCGCCGCUGUUGCAGCACGGGGGCACGAGGCGGCGGCGGUGGCUGUACGAGAGCCUGGUGGUGGUGAAGGCGUCGUUGGACCCGGAGCGGGAGCUAGCGGAGAGCAUGGCGGAGAUGGUAGUGGCCAACGGCAUCCGGUCGUCCGAGGACCUCGAGGAGAUGCUCGCGUGCUACCUCGCGCUCAACGCCGCCGAGCACCACCGCGCCGUCGUCGCCGCGUUCCGCCGCGUCUGGUUCCAUCUCGGCAGGCAAAGACCGCACGUCUAGCGAGCAAACCACCUGAGGCCUUGAUCACUUUACCAACUCACAAACACUAGCCGAUUGCUUACAAAAGGCAAUGUAAUAUCGUGAGACUUGUGACAUUCAUGCACGCACAGCGUGCCUGGACCUUGCCGUGUUCAUAAUUCAUAUGGCCUAAAACCAUCGUCAUGCUUUAGUUGUUCUUGUACAUUAUUGGCCAGAUCGUGUUGUGUAGCUUCUCGA